GUCACGUUUAUCAGAUAGCUUCCCAAAGCUUAGGUUGAUCAGUGUGCUAUUGUAUCACACCAUCAGCUCUCACCCAUUCUCUCUCCCCAUUAAUACCCCUCUAUAAUCGCAUCACCCUCCUCCUCUCAUCAUGACAACUCCAUCACCAGCCAUGGACUCUACCAGCAGAAACAAUCCUCCAUAUCUCACAACUGGCCAGGCCCCAGCAACAGCUGACGAUGCGCCGCCGCCUCCAUACUCAGAGACAGAUAUCUACUCUACCUCUUCUCAGCCCCCGCACUCACCACAUGCUGGUUCCGUCGCCGGCUCCGGGCACGGCCCCGCAGCUCCCGGUGACGAUACCGCCUCCCGCAUGUCCUCAACUUCAACUACAGAACCCAUCUUCACUCCACCACUUACACCUCGCACCGAAUCUAAUGUCAACGCAACAACACCUACAACACACGAAAUCCCCCUCUCUCCCAGUGUAGCUCUCUACUUUGAGACCCGGCCUGUUCCAACAUCAGCGUCUCAAUGGGAGCCUCAGAUCCACAGCAUCGCUGUGAAGCCGACCUCUGUGCCAGAUGACAUUCCUUAUCCGGAGAAUUGGGCGACUUCGUACGAUAUCACAGCCCAAGAUUGGGCGACUUUUGUUAACUUUCUCCUCCCUGAUCACGAUUCCGUCCGGAAUGAGGCUAUCCUGGGUGAAAAGGGCAAAUCCGAAGAUGGCUCAGAUAUCAAGUCAUCUAUUGGCGACGGCAGCGUCAAGUCAGAACGACACACAACUGAUCCUAAUGAACUACGUCGCAAGCGUGCAGAAGUCGAAGCUAUCGUGCAACAGUGGAACUCUGGCUUCUUUGCUCCCCGAAAUGUCAUGGUAAGGCUUCAGCCCGAGGAGCAAUCGCACAUGCCAGGAGGAUGGGAGACCACAUUCGACGAUCCUCCAGUGCAACUCCCACAUCAAGCUGGCCCAUCUUCUCCGAGAGAAGCGAUGCCUCAGCGCAGGCCUAGCGGUUGGACAGGAUCUUGGGGCGGCUUCCAAGUCGACAAUGACAGCGUCCGGUGGGGAGACAGAUUUGUUGCUGAUAGCAAUGGGCUUCGCAUAGGAAACAUUGUUAUGGAUAGCAGGGGAAUUCGCAUGAACGGCCAGCCUGUGGGAGCCCCUUUUGGCCCUGGACCAUCCCAACCACCACCUCCGAAUGCUCGCAACAUGCCUCCUUUUAUGCCCGGACACCCAGCAUGGCAUCAAGGUCCUCCUGAAGCCCACACCUUCCCCCAACGAGGACGAGCAGCUAGCCAUGAUCACCAAAGACGCCGCUCUCGGUCAUCAUCUUCAUCUUCUUCCUCGUCCUCAGAUUCCUCUUCUAGCUCAGAAUCCAUCGGUUCUCUCCCUGACUACGACGAUCUCAAGGACCAGCAGCUACCCGUUUACAUCGCUCGUCUACAACAAUGGACAGCUAAUCCUCUCGAAGUGCGCAGCAAGGCUGAUGUCAAGCAAUUGAAAGCUGAACUUAAAGCCUCGAACACAAAUGGCAUCGCUCCCAAUAUCGACCGAAAGGCUCUUAAGUUGCAGGGCAAAGCCCUUUCGCAACAAUGGAAGACUUUGAAACGUCAGCAGAAGAAGGAACGGAGAGAUCGAAAGAGAGAUCAUAAGAAGAAGAAAAAGGCUGAGAAGAGGGAGAGGAGACAGCAGAAGAGGGAGAUGAAGGCUGCUCGCAGAGAUCAUAGAAGGGGCCAAAGAGGGAGGGGCCAUGUUGAGCCAAUUCCUGCUCCUGUGGUGCCUCCUUUCCAAGUUCCUCCCGUUCAUGUUCCCGCAGUCAACGUUCACGUUCCUCCUGUCAACGUCCCUAGUGUCAGAGUUCCUCCGCCAGCUCUCGGUGGCUGGGGAUGGUCAGGCAGAGGAGCCGGCCGAGGAGAUCGAGGCAGAGGUCGAGGUUGGGGCGGUUGUGAAAGUCAAGGUCCCUGGGGCAGAAGUCGAGGAGGCUUCCAAGGAGGCUGGCCAAACCACUGUUCAUUUGGAUCUCCCGGUCGAGGCGGUUUCUUUGGUGGCGGAGAGUGGCCAUCUCGCUCAGGAGAAGGCCCUCCAGGCUCAUGGCCAGCAGAUGCCAACAAAGAUGGCAGUAUUCCGCCGCCAGGUGCGGCAUCAGCUGCAAAGUACAACACUGUUUUUGGAAUAGAGACUGAGAUUGCGACGAAGCAGAAGGAUCUGGAGGUGAAAGAAAUAACUUUGAGUGAGCGCAGGGCGCUGGAAAAGGAGAUUGAGGCUCUCACAGAGACAAUGGAGAGAACGAGGCUUGAAGCUGAUGAGGCGUAUGCUCGUGAGUUGGCUGAGCAACUUGAUGGAUAAUGAUGAUUUUUCAACUUCUUAUGUACUUAUAUGGAUACCGAUUUCUUGAACUUUGUAUUAAUAUCUAUCGCCAAAGCGACUGUUUGUCUCCAUGUCAGCUAUAUCGAGUUAUCUAGGUUGUAUACCUCAUCUGUAAGGUUAGUUGCACCACUUUUCAGUGUGGUUGACCCUUGCAGUCCUUUUGCUGGUAUAUUUUUUUC